GGUGGGCGGCGCGCGCAUCGUGGAUUUAUGCCGAGAGACGUGCGCGAGAGUCGGUGUACACAGUGCGCGGGAGCCGCCGGGUAGUCCGGGAGCGCGCAUCCCCCCGGCAGGGCAUUGUUUCGCGCACUCGCCCACUUUCAUUGUUAUGACUGCGACUUCAUUAUUUAUGCCCAAUAAUCCGCUCAGCUGACUAUGAAAUCACGUUUAAAGAGUUACCGCCUCCAUACUGUGAACGAGUGCUCGCUUUUGACGUUAAUGAAAAUCAAGGAUUGAACAAUACGAGUAACGCACCUCCAGCAUGCGAAGUCUUGGACUUGCUAGCGAACUGCAAAAUAUCGUCAGUAGAUGACGAUCAAGAUACCAGUGUUGAGUACGCCGAAAUUAAAGACAUGGGUCUUUGGCACUCCACACCAUUAGCACAUCGCCAUAAAUCCAAGAUAUCGCUAACUUGGGUGCUGAAAGAAAAUUUGGAGAAUGCGAAGCUUACCGGUGAGAAGUUUCAAUGUGAAGAUAGAAUAAAAAACACAAUAAUAAAAAGUGAAGUAGAUAAGAAUCACAAUCAGAAGUCAAAUGAAAUCGAACGUUACAGAAAGUGCAAGCCUAGAGAUGUGAAAGAUAGGGUCGUGGGACGUAAUGAGUAUUACCAUAAUCUUAGGUUCAGAAACGCGUGUGAAGAGUUUGCUAACGUGCAGGACACGUACUCCGAUACCAGUGUAGGUACAGAGGAGUACGUCAGGAAGAAACACCGCCACCGGCACAGGAGAAAGAAGAAAAACCCAAAUGGAAAAUUUGGUUACGACAUACGAGAUUUGGACAGCUUCCUUAGUGAGGCCACAAUAGACCGUCCAGGCAACAUUCCGGUCGUGAUCGCAUACCCUAGCACCUUGUAUCAGACACAGAAAGAUGUCCAGCAAGAACUGUCUUUACCGCUGGGCACAGUCGUGAACGCGGUGUUUAAGAACGAGCAGUGGCUAUAUGCGCAGACGCCGCACGGUGACGAAGGCUACGUGCUGUAUAGUGCGUGUUUACCGCUGGGAAUACUGCCUAAUAGAACAUCACCACAAAAGAAGACGCCGUGUUGGGAGAGCAGUACUGACAUCUACCCGCGGCCAUGUGGAAACCUGACAGACAACGAGAAGGAACAAUUGCGCGGGCGCACGCGAUCCGAGUGCCGCUACCCCUCCAGAACUACGCGGCAGAAAUCCAAGAACUCGUGCGCAGAAAAAGACUUUGAUUCUUUGUAUUUAAAAACUAAAUCCGUUUGUUCAAAUAUUGAUAAGAUACAUGAGAAGGAGAAUAGGGAUUUUAGGCAAGUGAAAAGACAGACGCUAUUGGUAGUGAAUAGUGACUAUGCGGGGAGUGUGUUGAACAAAACUUUGACAGUGCAAAAGGGAGAUGUAGUGGUUCUUGUGCAAGGCGGCGGGGUGGAAACUGACGUAGACGCUGAGUGGUUCUACGUCAAGAAGAAAGACGGUAGCCAAGGGUUCAUACCUGCUGCAGUCGCAGGACACGGCUAUAUCUAACGAUAUUUUCAAAAAGGAAACCUCUAGUUCCUAUUCAUGAAUUACAAAUAAACAAAGAAAUAGCAUUUCUAACUAUGAGUAUAGAGUUCAAUUUGAAGCUAUUUGUAUUAAGUAGUGUUGCAAUACUAAGGACAUUUUGUGUUGCUAAUUUAAAAAAAUAUAUGAAAAUAAUUGUUUUGA